AUGGCCAGGAACUUAGAAGCCACCAACAGAUUUAGCAGACAACUGGAAAAUGAAGGUGCUCGUUCCGGCAAAGCCUUCUUGACCCCCAAAAAAAUCACAGGGGCUUUAUCUGAGGUGCAGAAUACACUCAAUAAGAAGUUUACACCGUUGAAACCAAAUCUGCUGAACAGCCCUAAAGUUCAACUAACAAAAGUCAUAAAAACAGAACCUAAGGAAACCCUGUCACCGGUUUAUGAUGAAGUCUACCAUGAAGUACCCUUUAUAGAUGAUUACAUCGACUUGUACCCUGGCGGUCUCACAAAGUUAACAGAAAAGCUGGUGGAAAGUCUUGAUUAUCGACCACCUACACCAGAACCACAAUGUGGUGACGAUUCAGGAUUUGAUUUUGUUGACGAUUUGCCUGUGGAUGAUUUACCUGGUGCCUUUGAUGAUUUGGAUGAUCAUCCUGAUUUCGAGCCGAUGUAUAUUGGAGAUUUCAGUUUUUAA